AUGAUCCUGUUAUGGGUUACACUGCUUGUUCUUCAUCAAGGAUAUACGUUGGUUCCAGUGACCACUGUUCAACUUGGUGAAUCUGCGACUUUCACGUGUGUUUUGCCUAAAGAAGAGUUGAACAGUGUAAUACUCCACUGGUACAAGCAGCGUGCCGGGGAUACUCUGAAAUUAAUUAUGACGCUGUUGAAAUCUGCAAAACCUGAGUAUGCACCAGAGUUUGAAUCUGAAUCAAGAUUCAAGGUAAAUACUGAUAAGAAUAUCAGCAACCUGACCAUUUUGAGGACAAUUCAAGAGGAUGAGGGAAUGUAUCACUGUGCAAUAACAGAUUGGACUGUUCCUGAAUGGAGUGGGACAUAUCUGUUAGUAAGAGGAAACACUCAAAGGACAUUAAACUAUACUGUCAUUCAGGGAAAGACAGUAUCUAAUCCAGACCGUCCAGGAGACUCGAUGACUCUCCAGUGUUCAGUCCUUUCUGACUACGACCACAAGACGUGUCCAGGAGAUCACAGUGUGUACUGGUUCAGAGCUGGAUCAGAUAAAUCUCAUCCAGAUAUCAUCUACACGGAUGAAAAUGGACAUGAUGAAUGUGACAAGAGAUCUGACUCACAGAAAAGCUGUGUUUAUCGCUUCUCUAAGAACGUCAGCUCCUCUGAUGCAGGGACUUACUACUGUGCUGUGGCCGCAUGUGGAGAGAUAUUUUUGGGAGAAGGAACUAAAUUGGAAAUUGCUCAAACAACACAUUGGGUAUUCAUUGCAAUGGCGAUAUUAAUUGUCUGCUUGGUCAUUUCUGUUGUUGGAAUUGUUGUCCUCAUCUGCAAACAAAAAGUACACGAACAAUAUGAAGGAAUGAAAAGUGCUGUUUCAGUAGCACAACAUGACAACCUGUACCAACCAGAACAUGACAUUACUGAAGCUGAGGACAAAUUGAACUAUGCUGCACUGAAUUUCUCAGAGAAAAAAACAAGAGGAAGAAAGAAGAGAGAGAUUGCUGAGGACAGUCUGUACUCUAAAGUUAAAUGUUGAUGUGUUUAUUAUGUUAAUCAUUUAAUCAAUAUGUGGUUGCAUUUGUUUUUUGUUUUUUCA